UUUCAGUACCAAAAGCGGUAACCCCGAGCUACACUCGGGCGUACCAUGCAGCGCUGCUCAGGGAUUCCCUGCAGAGCUUACCUUGUCCUUCGCUCCCGCGAUGUGUCCCCUGCAGCGUCCCCGGCCAUCUCCUCCGGCCGAUGCCGGCAUCCACCUUCCGUGUUCCGGUCACUGCGAGCAUUGGGAUGCACGGGACGUACGGGGGCCGGAACGGCGGCAAAUUUAAAAAUGUUUAGAAACUGUAAUUUUCUUAGAAAUUAAUUUUGUCCAGAGUGCUUUGUCCUGUGCCCUGCCUGCAUUUAUACUGUUCUUUCUG